AUGUAUGAACUUUCAACUACUGGUUUCGAUUAUACAAUGCUUUUAGCAUUGCUUUCUUCGGGUGUAUUAUUGGCAAUUGUUGUCUACGAAUUACUCUUGUUGACGGAUCUAGAAGGAAAUGAUAUCAAUUCUAUAGAGUUUUGCAAGAAAUACAACAAAUUCAUUAUGCCAGAAUACAUCGUUCAAGCUGUUUUCACUGUUUGGUUUUUAGUUACAUUUAGAUUUGUUCUUUUCCUCCUCAAUGCACCUGUAUUAUAUUAUCACUUCCAAAGAUAUCAAACUAGAACUCAUAAGAACGAUCCAACAAAAGUAUAUUCACACACCAGUAAGAUGGGUAACCAUUUAAUGCUCAAAUUAGUAUUCUAUAUGGUUAUGUUCUUUAUUUAUCUUUUUGUUUUAUUAUUUAAUUUCUUUUCUGAUUAA